AUGCCUGGAGUCAGCGCUUCAGAGAUAGAAGGAUAUGAGUCCGAGUCCCGACCGCAUGGGCUCGCCACGGAGGUCUCCUCGAUUAGCCUUCUGUCUGAGCACAGCUUCACCUUCGAAUACGAUCACCAACAGGACGUUGAUAGCACUCAAUAUCAACAGAACGGCAACGUCAACUCAUUCCAACAGAAUGCGAGCGUCCACAGCUACCCGCAGAAUUUUCAUGCGGGUGCGGUUGAUCAACCGUCCGAUGUCUAUUUGGAGAAUCAUGUAGCUGGUCUCACAUCAGAGCACAUCGACAGUCAGGAGACCGAUGCCUUCCAAGAUGUAGAUUUCAGUUCAUUCGGCCAACCUCUUCGCCGCUUCUACUUCCGCACGAUAGUCGGCAUCCUGGGACCGCUGAUCGUAGUAUCUUAUCUCAUCACCAUCUGGCGCAUCUACCUCGCCCCACUCCACCCCAACUCAACAAUAGCCUUCGGACCACCGGGCGCUAAAUGGGUGUUCUAUAGUUGGUUCGUCGCCGGAGUGAUCGGUCUGAGCCUGAGUCUUUACGGCCUGGCUGGUGCCGAGGCUGGUAUGCUCAUGGAACGAACUUGGAGGGUUGAAGAUGCCAUGCGUCUUAUGUUGCAUGCUGAUAACACAUGGUCUGGCCCCGGUGGCUGGAUGAAAGCAAUCAAAUGGGUCGUGGAGAUGCGCAGGGUGCGCAACCAGCAUAGCAAGUUCCCUUCUCGGCUGUGGUUUGUUCUGGCACUUCCAAGCGUGGUUGUCUUCGUGGCUUGGCCCUUAUCAGGUCUCUGUCUUGAGAUGAAUAGUGGUUUCCUUCACGGUAAGCCAGGGAAAGGAGCGGAUGUUACUGGAUUCGUUCAAUCGACGUUCAACGCCAUCCUUGGGGGUCGCAAACCGUCUCGAGGAACCUACAUCGGCGCGCGUGUUUUCGGACAUGGUGCUGUUUACACACCUGAAAACUUCGAUCGAUCGAAGACCGAGUUUCUGAACAAUGUUCCGGUGAUACUGCCGAACACUGAGAGCAUCGAAGAAAUAUUUUUGACCGCUCAAGGUGAAACUCCUAUCGAGGGAAAAGCUUGGGGUCUGUUGUUACAUUACGACUGCAAGAUCGUAGACAAAUUGUCUGAUUUCGUUCUCUUGAAAGACCGUCGAUCUUCAAUAGAUGUCUGGGGAAGGAAAUCUAUCUUUCCCGAAUUCGAACGAAUAGAAACUGCACGAAAAGCGGAUGAGGAUCCUCCCAUCGACGCAUUUACAACAACAGCCUCCCCGUUGGGCCUGACUGACAGCCUUGCUCCAGCUGCUACCUCCACCUCGCCUCCUGAACCGAGCGCAUUUCCGACUUCAAACUGCACAAGAUGCGCCGCUUUGAAUUAUGAGAAACAAGUCAAGUAUAUGUCGUACCGUCUCCAUGACAACUGCACCUUUGUAGAGGUGAAGAAAGAGCCCGGAGGAGAUUUCGGUCCAGGUAUCGCUGCCGCUCUAAUGCAACGGGUAACGAACGUCGGUGCAGUCAUAGAGACUGCGUAUCAAUCCCUGCCGCCACAAAUACGCUCGAACGACGAACCACCCUGCGGCUGGCUUGAUAAGCUGGAAAACCCGGCAACGUCUUACUGCUACCAUGAUUUGCAGGAGAAUCCUUCCAAACCGUAUCCCGGAAUUGAGCACAAGAGAACUUUUGAGGUUCUGUUGUGGCAGAAACUUUACCCCUUAUCAGGCUCUCAGAACAGUACCAUUGUCCGUACUAUCGAGUCUCUCACUGGUGAGUACGUCGCCGACAAGGAUGAGGGCCUCAAAGCGAUUGGUGUGUCCUGUACGUCGAGCAGCAGUGUAGGCUCAGCAGACAUCGAUGGCGUGAGCUCUACUUACUCCAACUUCCAACGGAGCGACACUCCGGUACCUCGUCGAAAGGAUGAUUGUGCGAAACGCUUUGGCGUAGAGACACUCGCGUGUACACUCAACAUCACCGACGAUGGUUGGUUGAAGUGGAUGUAUGACUCAAUAGGCCUGCCGUCACCCCUUGACACGUUUAUAGAAGAUCCUGGAGAAGCGGAUGUCGAUGGCUUCAUGAAAGUUAACAAUCAGCUCGAAUAUCUACAAGCCGAUCAACUUCGACGGGUUCUUCUACAAGCGUACUCCACUUACGCUAUCAAACUCAUGUACAAUAACGGUCAGGAUUUCAUAGGCGUCAACAAGACACGCCUCAAGUCACACGUUCCCGACCUCACAGCUUUCAUCACUGGCACCGUGAUUGAGCCGGGCGUAAUGCCAGCCGCUGUUCCCGUUGCGUUGUUCGGACUAUGGGCACUAAUUAGCUCCGGACUUUGCCUUAUCUAUGGCUUCAGGCGACGAUGGAGUGCGAUCUUGGACGGGCAUACGGUUUUCAGGCUUGGGGCCGAAUUGCAACAGACGUACCGGACGAGACUGCAGCGGUGUUCUACGAUUGCUGAUGUUGAAGAGUGCGAGGCUUUGCAUGAGAUUCCAGGAUUCGUUGCUGACAUGGAACCUGAUAAUGAUGUGGGGAGAAUUGGGCUUAUGGAUGGGAAGCCGGCUAGGAAAGACAAGUUUUAUCGGUAG